AGUUGAUGUUAGAAACAUAACAGGGUUCAUGCGAAUCUAAAAUCCGUUAGCCGGAUACUGGUUUGAAGUAGAUAUGACACCACCAAGCCGUCAUACAUUGACCUAGGAAUAUUAAUCAGUCCGCAUGGCUUGAAUCGAAGACAUAGUUUGUGCUUUGUAGUAGAAGUAUUUUGUGAAAUUCUCGUGAGUUAUGAAAAUGAUAAAAAUUCUGGAUUCUUUCAGUGCAAUAUUACUUUUGGGUACCGUGUUAUAUAUUUCAGGACCUGGGGCUGCAAGAAGCAAAAUUUAUCUAAAUAAUUUUCAAUUUGUCGCUGUACCCAUUCCAAAGGAAGACACCAGCCUCCUUACAACACAAUGCAAAAGGCUGAAUGACCUGAUGAAUUUUAGUGAAAACACCAGAAGUGUUUUCUCAAAUUACGAUUUCCUAAAGAUUCUUCACGAAGAUGAUACAACGAUGGAUUUGUUGAAAUUAUCAGAUGGCUCGUGUUAUCAGGAUCCUGGUGGAAUAUUUUCCACUCAAAGUUUACAACUGGAAUGCAAGAAAGUGACUGAAAAAGUGCUGACGUUAUAUGACCUUUUUGACCCAUUGCGAACGAUUAGCUGUGAUUGCAAUGAAUUAGACUGUAGUGGAAUACCUUUUGCAAGAGACGUCUGUGUUCCGUGUAAAUCGUACUGCCCUUCAAAUAUCACAUGUCUGGUUCUGGCAGGAAGUUGUCUUACUAAUUACAUAAGUUUGAAUGACAGUGACACAGGUGUGGAACGUGCAUUGCGUUGUCCAGAAGGAUAUAGAGGAGAAAACUGCAGUGACAUAUGUGAUACGGGAUUCUAUGGAAAGCUGUGCGACUCUCGAUGUAGCAAUCACUGUUUACAAGGCGACUGUCAUCACGUGAAUGGCACGUGCUUAAAGGGUUGUAACUCUGGUUGGAAAGGAGACAAAUGCGACUCACCUGACUGUCCCAAAGGUCAGUACGGGGAGGGUUGUACUGGCGUCUGCAGUCCUAACUGUAGAUACAGCUGUUCACCCAAGGACGGCGUGUGUUAUUGUAGCAGAGGAUGGCAGGCCAUCAACUACCAAGGAGUUUUUUGUAACAAACCGUGCAAGCCAGGGACGCAUGGAGACGGAUGUACAGAAACCUGUGGAAAAUGUCGUCAGGGAACCACCUGUUUCCCUAACAACGGGACCUGCCCAGACGGCUGUAAUAAACCUGGAUACUAUUUCACAAACUCACAAUGUACUUGGGAAUUAGAAUCGAGAUAUUUAGGCAAAUGCAGACGUAAUACUUAUGGGAUUAACUGCGAGAAGAACUGUAGCGAUUCCUGCCUGAACAGAAGGUGUAGGAACACUGACGGAAUGUGUCUGAGAUGUCCCCCUGGAUACCAAGGCUUCAACUGUACAUCAGAAUGUAGUAUUGGGAAAUUUGGAGACAAAUGCAACGGUAAAUGUCAUUGUGAGGGUGGAAGCGCCUGUAACCAUAUAAACGGAAAAUGUCCUGGCAAAUGUGACCCCGGAUUUCAUGGUGAAAGUUGUGAUCGCAAAGUGUGUGAACCUGGUUUGUAUGGAAGGAAUUGUGACAAGUGGUGCUUUUGCAAAGAAGGUGAGCCUUGUGACUGGAAAACCGGAAGAUGUAAAGGCGCAUGUCAAAAAGGGUGGCGGUAUUCAUCAUGUGAUAUAAGAGAUGAGUGUUACUAUCCAGAAUAUGAUCGCGUUUCACCCACAUGGGAUCCAAAAAGCAUCGGGAUCGGCAUUGCCGUAGGAUUUGUUGCCACAUUUUUUGUCACUUGUUGUGGUUUAUUCCGUUCAAAUGUGUCUAAGUAGAUAAAGAUGCAUUUAAGGGUACUUAUAAGUGAUGUGCAAACUUUUUAUUUAUUAAUUUUAUUCUAUCUAUCUGCUUUUUGGAAAUUAAAAAGCAACUUUGUAUACGCACGUGACAUUUUACUCAUAUUAUAGAUAUCAAUUCCUCAUAUUAACUCUCCAAACUCAAAUCAAACUAGAAUGAAAAUACAGCUACCUUCAGUAUGCAAUCUAUGAGACACUCGGUGAGGAAUCAAUCGUCAUUCGUAUUUGUACUUGGGGAUAGUUGUAUAAUUAUGGUAUACAUAGGAAGUUAUCAAUGUAGGCUUGUACAUUUUCUUCUCUUCUCUUCUGUCGCCAAACACUUUGGUGCAUGCUGAAAACAUUUAAUAUGCAAACAUUACUACAAACAAAAUUGUCAAAUAAUCGAAAAUUCAAGCGUCCGGAAAAAUUAUUCCAUGCGCAGUGAAGUUUCACUUUUUCCCCAGAAUUGUAACAUGUUUGUAUACAGAUUACAUGUAGAUCAACAAAAAGGGCAAUGGCGUGUUUUGAUGUGCACAGUAUGUGGUUUUGAUCAGUUGGUCAUAUAUAUUUUGCUUUGAAUGAAGUUGAUAUGAAUGCAUAUCAGUAGUUUCUGUAAGUACUUAUAAUGUGUUUGUAUUGAUUAUUAAAUUAUAAAAAAAAAUUGCCAAAAUAUUGCAUGUAAUUGAAUAUUAGAUGGAUAUAUGUUAGUGGCAAUAAAAAAAAGCAUUAGGUUUAUUUCCGAAGCAAUUAGCUGGCUACUAGUUAAGUACUAAUGCGUAGAAAAAAAUAUAUUAAUCCGAGUUCCUGAAAUAAGUCUUACCAUAUUGAUUGAUCUGGUUAUCAACGAUAGAACCCGGCUUACGGCCACAUCCUCAGUGUUUACAAUACUUCAUAUACAAGGUAAUAUGGGCCCACCAUUACAUACUGUACUGCAUCCUACCAGCAUGGGUUUAACCCCAUAAAACGAUGCACACGUGUAGCUAUUACGAUGACAUGACAAUUGAUACGUGAUUACAUUAUACAAUUUCAAAACAUUGCUUUGACAAAUACAGAAAUAAACUAUUUAAAGUAUGCGUCAAUUUGAAUGCAGAACAUAUUGCGAUGGAUUUUUAUUCCAUACUGACUUAUAAUUGAUGCUUAACAGUACAUGUAUUCAAAAUGAAAUAGUCUUACUUCAACAGUCGUGCAUUUACUGCAAUGCAGAGUCACUAUUUCUAGUCAUUAGAUAUUAAUCCUAGUCAUUUAUUGUAUCGUCAUUGGCUAUUUGGGCAUUGCGCUAAGUGACUAGUCACCAGAAUAUUAGUAAAUCAAAGCACCAGUUUUACUUAUCAUCGCUAACAUACACAUUACAAUGUACUUGAAGUGAUUUUCAUAACAUUCGUGGACAGAAAUACUUAUUGGAUUUGCAUGGUCAGUAUAUGUUCCGUCUCUUUGUAUGACCAGAAAAUCUAUUUUAUCUGAACUUUCCUGGAGUAUAGGAGUUCGAGCUUCUUUGUUUAAGGUAGUGCAAUGUGCUCUUUUAAAAGGUGGCAUAUGCAUAUGAGGUAUUGUCGCCAUCAAAUGCUUCAAGUGUGUUUUAUACUAUUGACUUUGUUAUGUGUUGUUACUUGAUUAGGGUGAUCGAUCUUAACAGUAUUUCGCACACCUUAAUCAAUUGAAUAUAAUGCUGUUCCGGUGACUGUGUCAUCUACGUGUUUGUUAACACUCUUUAGAUAGGUGCUUUAUGUUUUUAAAGUAUUUACAUAUCUACAGAACGUAUUUUCUGUUGUUUUUUUGUAUGAUGUAAUAAUGUUUUCGGAUUGUUUGUAGAUUGUUUUGAAUAAAGUUAUACAUUUAAAUUUGGA